GGCGGGCGGGGCGGGGCGGCGGCUCCCGGCACCUGGAGCGGGACCCGGGGCCGGGCAGCCUCUCCUGGCGGCCAGGUGGGGAGCGAGGUCUGUAGUCAGUCUUCCCAUUAACAUGUUAAUGAAGCAGUAGAGACAAAAAUAAGGAAGAGUUCAUCCUUCAAACUAAGGAUUUGUCAUGUCUUAUUAUCACAAUGAAGCCUUUGAAAAUCCAGACUACCACUUCUCAGAGACACUGGAAAUUGAUAGAAGGGGGAGUUCUCAAAGGAAUCCAUUCUCUCAUGAAAGUCCUUAUGAUUCAUCUCUGCAUGGUUCCUAUGGAGAACACAGAGGGAGGGAGCAGAACUACCCUGUGGCCAUCCCCAUGGCCUCCCUGGGACCUGGCUCUGACUACCAGGAUUUACCCAGCACGAGUCCAUAUGGACAUUUCACAGACAACCUUUCCUUUGAGCCUGAGCCAGAACUGACUUACACCCCACAUUCUACCUUCCAUCUGCUGGAUUAUCCCUACACUCAUGGAACUUCCAGUGGAUCAGAAGACAGCUUCAUUCGGAGACGGAACCGCAGACCCCCUGAUGAGAUCCUCGUGGCUUCUUCCAGCAUGUCUGAAACACAGCCAGGGAGCAGUGAAGAGGAAGAUUUAAUUGGAAGUCUUGCAAGUAUGUCCACCAAAGAAAGGAUUAAAGCAAUCCAGAAGAUGCCAGAGACAAUGAGAAAAAAGAGAGAGAUCAGAAAUGAAGUUCUUAAAGAAAUAACAAAAAAAGCAAACCAUGGUGCUCAACCUUCCUGCUGUACACAGUGUCUGCAAGGAGCAGCAGUGUCAUUUCGACGAUUUGGGAACAGCCUUUCAGAACAUUUCCACCAACUGAGGGUUUGGCACAAGACUCUGAAGAUCAUUGGUGCUGAGUUUGGAACCAGUGUCCUUUCUUACUUCGUUUUCUUGACGUGGCUGCUGAAUUUUAACAUCUUCUCAUUCCUCAUAAACUUCAGUUUCAUCACAAUUCCUCAGUUUCUUGCAGCAGAACCAAAUAACCUUUCAUUCACGGGCCUGGAGCUGCUCACUGGAGCUGGUUAUUUUCAACAAACAGUGCUCUACUAUGGCUUUUACACCAAUGCUACAAUCAGUAAAAUAGAGAAUGGUCCCUCUUACAACAUGCAGCUGGCCUAUAUUUUUACUGUUGGAAUAUAUUUUGUCAUCUGUUUUCUUAUCUUGUUGUUCAGCAUGGCAAAAUUCUUCUCCAGGAACUUCAUUAACCCUCAGGAGAUCUCUGUGAAUGCCAGCAAGCUGCUCUGCACUUGGGAUUUCAAUAUAACCAAUGACAAAGCUGUGAAGCUGAAACAGAAGAAUCUCUGCACACAAAUAAAGGAAGGCCUCACUGAAAUAAACAAAGAAGUUCUAAAUUUUUCUGCAAUGGAGAGAGUUAUUCGUGUUGGUGUUCAUCUCAUUGCCUGGGUUGCUUCCCUGGGAAUAGCAGUAGCUGCUUGUGCUGGUGUUUACUUCCUCUCCAUGAAUAACCUCGAGCUGUUUAUGAAGGGAUAUAGAAAUGACCUAGAGAGCCAAGCUGCCAUGUUGGUGCUCCCUGUGGUUGUAUCUCUCCUCAACACUUUGAUCCCAUUCUUCUUCUCCUGGCUUGGGCACCUGGAGAAGUUUCAGACUCCUGGACAGCACAUAUAUGUCACUAUUACCAGAAAUAUCAUCCUGAAAAUGUCAAUUGUUGGAAUACUGUGCUACUACUGGCUUAACAUCGUGGCUGCCUCAGAAUCACAGUGCUGGGAAACUUUGGUUGGCCAAGAUCUCUAUCGUCUUGUUCUAGUUGACUUCAUCUUUUGUUUGCUGGGCUCUUUCUUUGGAGAGUUUUUACGAAGAAUUAUUGGAACUACAGUCUGCCUGAACCUGGGGCUGCCAGAAUUUGAUAUUGGACGAAAUGUUUUAGAUUUGAUCUAUGCACAGACUUUGACCUGGAUUGGUAUCCUGUUCUCACCUCUGUUGCCUGGUAUCCAGAUGAUAGCAUUUUUUAUAGUAUUUUUUGUGAAAAAGGUCAGUCUGAUGAGGAAUUGCCAGCCCCCUUGCAAGGUCUGGAGAACUUCUCAGAUGAUGACAUCCUUCAUUUUCCUCCUGUUUUGUCCUUCCUUCCUUGGAGUCCUGUCUGUCAUUGGAGUCACUGUCUGGAGGUUAAAGCCUUCAGAAGGAUGUGGUCCUUUCAGAGGUUUGUCUUCCAUGUAUGCUGCAGUUGCUGAGUGGAUACAAGUACUGGAAAAUUACACUAUCUCAAAAUGGGUUGUGUGGAUCUACCAUAACUUAAUUACAAGUGAACUUUUCUUCUUCAUCCUCUCUAGUUUUGUACUAAUUGUUACUUAUCUUUACUGGGAAAUAAUACAAGGAAGAAAGACCAUGACCAAACUCUUACGUCAGCAAAUUAAUAAUGCAGGGAAAGAUAAGAUGUUUCUACUCAAAAAGCUGCGGGUACAGCAAAGGGCAAGUCGAAGCUCCUCUGCACUGGGAGGAAGAGGCCAGCAGAGAAGCUCCUCUUCAUACCACCCACCCCAACAGCCAGCCCAGGAGGUGCCAGACUACCUAGAAAGGGCAUUUGACAGAAACCAAAAUACAUCCUACAAUGAGCAUCCCUUUUCUGCUGAGAUCUCAAGCAGCAGUGACUAUCUACCAGGCCCGCAGCGCUCCCCGCCCGGCCGCAGGUCCCGUUUCUCUGUGCCCGCAGGCCCGGAGCUCUCCCCGCCCGGCCGCAGGUCCCGUUUCUCUGUGCCCGCAGGCCCGCAGCGCUCCCCGCCCGGUCCCAGGUCCCGUUUCUCUGUGCCCGCAGGCCCGCAGCGCUCCCCGCCCGGUCCCAGGUCCCGUUUCUCUGUGCCCGCAGGCCCGCAGCGCUCCCCGCCCGGUCCCAGGUCCCGUUUCUCUGUGCCCGCAGGCCCGCAGCGCUCCCCGCCCGGUCCCAGGUCCCGUUUCUCUGUGCCCGCAGGCCCGCAGCGCUCCCCGCCCGGUCCCAGGUCCCGUUUCUCUGUGCCCGCAGGCCCGGAGCUCUCCCCGCCCGGCCGCAGCCCCGGCGCCCCCCGCGCCCUGGAGCUCGCCCUGCGCGCCCGGGCAGCGGCGCUGCGGGGGGACAGCGAUGGAUUCCAGCCCUGAGCGGGCACGGGCGCGCCGCAGGAUGCUGCUCUCUGCUGUGCUGGAGAAGAACGGAUUGCAAAAUGUGCCGGCGCUGUUUCGCAGUGGGAUUUGGUGACAGCCUUCCCCCAGGACUGGCAUCACCUCCGUGCAGUCAGGCUCCCUCCACAGCUGACUAACUAUAAAGAAACUUGUGCCUAACUGCAAAUAAAAGUUCUGUUUAAAAAUA